GCAGCAGCAGCAGCAGCGGCGGCAUCUGCCCGCUACCGUCCCGCGCCUCGGUCCUCCCAAGAGUUCCCCAGGCCAUGGAUGCGGUGGCUGUGUAUCACGGCAAAAUCAGCCGGGAGACGGGGGAGAAGCUCCUGCUCGCCACGGGUCUGGACGGCAGCUAUUUGCUGAGGGACAGCGAGAGCGUCCCGGGCGUGUACUGCCUGUGUGUUCUGUAUCAAGGUUACAUUUAUACAUACCGAGUGUCCCAGACAGAAACAGGUUCUUGGAGUGCUGAGACAGCACCUGGGGUACAUAAAAGAUUUUUCCGGAAAAUAAAAAAUCUCAUUUCAGCGUUUCAGAAGCCAGAUCAAGGUAUUGUAAUACCUUUGCAGUAUCCAGUUGAGAAGAAGCCCUCAGCUAGAAGUACACAAGGUGCUACAGGGAGAAGAGAAGAUCCUGAUGUCUUCCUGAAAGCACCAUGAAGAAACAUAAAACACACCUUGUACUUUAUUUUCAAUAAUUUAAAUAUAUGCUAAGUCUUAUAUAUAAUAGAUAAUAUAGUUCAGUGAGCUACAAAAGUAUUUCUAAAACCAUCAUAGUCCUGUAAUGGAAGCAUCUAGCAUGAUGUUAAAGCUGAAAUGGACUUUUCGGAUAAUGAGGAGCUUUGAAAUGAGGAUUGGGGAGAAAUAAUUCCACAGGUUAUUUUCAGUUAUUGUAUUUACAAAUGGGAAAUGAUUUAAAACAUAAUGAUACUUUAUAAAAGAUUAAUG